AUGCAGAAGGAACAACUUUUGAUGCGUAAAGUGGAUGUAUUUGAAUACAAUGGCGUCAAGAUGGGAACGAUAAUUAGUAGAUCUGGACUAGUGGUGGUGGAUAUCGUCAAGGAUGCGCUGAGUAAGCUGAAUGCUGGCCUCGACAGUCUGGUCAAAGCUGAAGUUCUGCGAAGUGGAACGCUUGUGAAAGUGAAUCCGACUGAUAAGAUAGCUCCUAAUGAAGAGCUGAUUAUUACUUUGGACUUGUAUUGUCGUGUAAGUUUGCUCUACAGCUGAUUUGACGUGUAAUAUCAGGUUUUUUCUUCUAUAACAACAUUUUUAGGUAUGUUUUGUUGAAAAAAAGCUUUUAUUGUAAAUAUUUGGGUGGAAUGAGGUAAUAUAUUGCUUUAAGUGUUUGAUUUUUGUUAUGGAUUUCAGUUACUUUGGGAUUUGACUAAUGAUUGAUAUUGUUUUAGGUUAGGAUGGACCCGUUGGUUGAAUCUGUGCUUUUUUCAAAGGAUAACAAGCAGUUGACGGAAACUGUUUUGAAGUACGCAGGUGAUGGUAUGUUUUCAAUGUUUCUGAGUUUGUUUUUGAAGGUAUUUCAGGUAUUUUUUUGUGCAAAUCACCCCACCUGUAAAACAUUUUUUUGCAAAUUUGAUAAUUUGAUACCUAAAAAAUUGUCUUUCGUUGCGUUUUAUGUUCGAAGAUUAAAUUAUGUUACAUCUUGUUGUUAUUUAUGAAACAAUAAAAUAAAAUUGCUGUUUUUAGAGAUAAAGGGACAGGUUUGGAAGUUGGAGGACAGAUACUUAUAUGAUGAACAGAAGCUUAGAGCCUACAGCCAAAUCUCAAAUGAUGUAGUUGGUACUAUUAACCAAGCGCUUCUAAAUUGCCUUCAGAAGGUCAAGGAAGUUGGGGUAAAUUCAGAAGAAAAUGUAAAUGAAGCUACGGAACUUCAAAAAUGAGUGUCAAUAAACUUCGGAAAGGAAAUCUUGAUGUAGCUCGUUUUGGCCAUUCUGAAGAAAAUCGUGUUGUUGAGAACAGAACCUCAGGACAAGAGAUUCAGAUACACUGGGACACGGUGUAAGUUCCUUAUUGUUACGAAGCCUUUGAAGUUAUUAGCAUUUGGCAAGUUAUUGUUAAUAUUUUUUUAUUUUAGCCAAGAAAGAAGGGAGAAGAGAAAUAGCAUGACUUUGUUUUAUGAUAAGCUACCAAAACCAUAUGAAGCAUGGAAGAAGAAAACCGAGAAUUGUGACUACUUCUUUCUGACGACAAAUCCAGAAAUCUUGCCCGUUCUGGACGAUGUCUACACUUUCGUUGUAAGUAUACAUAUAUGAUUUUAUUGUUUGAACAUGUAAUCUGUUCUUUUUUCUAUAUUUUCACGUCAUAAAGUUGUUUUAAAAAUUACCUUUCAGUUUAACUUGAGUGUCUAUCAGUUUUUCGAUUAUGUCAUGGCUAUGGUGGAACACAGAAGAAAGGAUACCUACGUUAUCAUUGUUCCAUCUUCAAAAUGGCUUUACUCCGAGACGAACAACUUUCCAAGGAAAUCGUUUUCUAAGCUGAAAAAAAGCUCAAAAAAAUGGACAGAAUCCUUGAAAACCUGCCAAAGGUGCAUAUUUACAUUCUCGGAUUCCCAACUGACCCAUUGUGUACACACUUCAAUGGACGACUCGGAAAAUUCAACCGGAUUUGUAAGAAUAGCGCCCAAAACUUUGAAUUCGUCAAUACAACACUCUUUGUACCUAAAAAUCCACCAGCCUUGAAACCACAGCUGCCGAAGCUGUUGCCCAAUGAAUUGAACGCUCAAAUCUUGUGGAAGGCCGUUGACCACAUCAAGGAUUUGGUUGGACGUUGAAUCGAGAAGCAUCUUGUUUAAAUCUAGUUGCCUGUUGUGAUAUGGGUGAUAUCUUGUGACUAUUUUGAUCUUUUCCAUCAUGUUUGAUCUCUAAAAUAAACUUUUGUCUUGAACUUAUAUUGUUAUUGAUAAUUAGUUAAUAUUUAAUUAUUUAUUAACAAAUGGUAGUGAAAAUAACCACAUUAUCUUGAAGUUUCAAAAUGAAGUACUAUUCUGAAUAUCACAAAGGAAAGAUUGACUCAAAAAUCUUUUGCGUCAAGUGUUCUUUUUAGGACAAAUACUAUUUUUUCAACAAAAAUCGCUGAAUUUUCUGAAUUUCUCGAGGAAAAUGCAGAAAGAACAGCUAUUGAUCCGUAAAGUGGAUGUAUUUGAAUACAAUGGCGUCAAGAUGGGCACAAUAAUUAGUAGAUCUGGACCAGUGGUGGUGGAUAUCGUCAAGGAUGCGCUGAGUAAGCUGAAUGCUGGCCUUGACAGUCUGGUCAAAGCUGAAGUCUUGCGGAGUGGAACUCUUGUGGAAGUGAAUCCGACUGAUAAGAUAGCUCCUAAUGAAGAGCUGAUUAUUACUUUGGACUUGUAUCGUCGUGUAAGUUUGCUCUACAGCUGAUUUGACGUGUAAUAUCAGGUUUUUUCUUCUAUAAAAACAUUUUUAGGUAUGUUUUGUGGAAAAAAAGCUUUUAUUGUAAAUAUUUGGGUGGAAUGAGGUAAUAUAUUGCUUUAAGUGUUUGAUUUUUGUUAUGGAUUUCAGUUACUUUGGGAUUUGACUAAUGAUUGAUAUUGUUUUAGGUUAGGAUGGACCCGUUUGUUGAAGCUGUGCUUUUUUCAAAGGAUAACAAGCAGUUGACGGAAACUGUUUUGAAGUACGCAGGUGAUGGUAUGUUUUUAAUGUUUUUGAGUUUGUUUCUGAAUGUAUUUUAGGUUUAAACACGUUUUUUUUGCUAUUUUGAUAAUUUUAUACCUAAAAAUUUGUUUUUGAUUGCGUUUUAUGUUUGAAUAUUAAAUUAUGUAAGAUGAUUUUGUUCUUGAUGAAACAAUAAAGUAAAAUUGCUGUUUUCAGAGAUAAGGGGACAGGUUUGGAAGUUGGAGGACAAAUACCUUAAUGAUAAUCAGAAGCUCAGAGCUUACGGCCAAAUCUCAGAUGAUUUUGUUGGUACUAUUAAUCAAGCACUUCUGUAUUGCCUUCAGAAGAUCAAGGAAGUUGAGGUAACUUCAGAAGAGAGUGUCAAUGAAGUUGGGGAAGGAAUAUUGACAUAGGUGGUAGUCAUUUUGAAGAAAAUCGUGCUGUUGAGAACAGAACUUCAGGGCACGAGAUUUCGCAACAAUUGGCCUCGCUGUAAGUUUCUUGUUUUGUUAUAGGAAUUGUCUUGUUGUAGCGAUGCUUUUGAACUAAAUUUAAUUUUAAAUUAUAGAAAAGAACGGCUGAAUAAGUAUGACAAUCCAUACUGUGAAUUGUUAGCAAUAAAAGCAAGGGCAACAUGGUCGGAAAAAACGGAGAAUUUUAACUACUUCUUGAUGACUAUGAAUCCAGAAGUCUUGCCCGUUUUGGACGGCGUGUACACUUUUGUUGUAAGAUUAUUUUGUUGAUUUUACUGCUUUAUCACUCUUCAAUGAAGUUUUUUACUUUUUUUCAAUUAUAAAGUUAUUUUUUGUUUUUUUUUAGUUUAACUUGCAUAUGUCUAAUUUUCUCGAUCGCGUCAAGUCUAUGAUCGGACACAGAGGAAAAGAUACAUGCAUGAUUAUCGUCCCACCUUCACAAUGGCUCUACUCGAAGCGAUGCAAAGUUGAUUGGGAUAGUAUGCUCAAAACGAAGCUUAAGGAUUUGAACGAAACUCUUGAAACUCUGCCGAAUAUCAAAUUGUACUUUCUCGGAUUUCCAACUGACCCAUUAGAUGUGUACUUUAAUGGACGAUUGGGAAAAUUCAACAGAAUUUGCGAACUUAAUGCCCACUAUUAUGGAUUUGUGGAUACCUCACGGUUUUUGCCAAAAAGUCUGGGGCCGUCAUCCUUCGAACGAACAAAAUUCAGGGACCCAAAGUUGUUGCCUGAUGACUUGGAGGCUGAAGUCUUGUGCAAGGCUGUGUAUUUUUAAAUGAGAUGCUAAUGUUUGAAUAUAACAUGCUCAGUAUUUUCCAUUGAUAUAAUCAAAAGUAGACAUGAGAAACGGGCCGGGCCUGAAAAUCGAUCGUAAUUUUGCUUAAGGCCGGCCCGGCCCAUUUCUCAUGUCUAAUCAAAAGUUAGCAAAGGGAGAAGGUUGACUCAAAAAUGUUUUGCGUCAAGUGUUCUUUUUAGGAGAAAAUAUAUAUUUCGAACAAACAUCGCAGAAUUCUCCAAGUUGCUGGAUGAAAAUGCAGAAGGGACAGCUUUUGAUGCGUAA